CAAUGAGUUCGUAGAGGAUGAUCGUUUGAUAUGGUGGCUCAGUCAAAACAUUUUCAAUCAGUUGGUGGUCAAGACUCAUUCGUGGUGGUCGUCUAGUGUCUCGCAAAGGUCAUUUGAAGCAAAAGAAACCGGUUAUCAUGGGCUUUAUAUUUUACGCUCUCAUCUUGUACAUCAUCUGGGAUGUCAAUUAUUUUCUACGUUGCAUUUUCACUGUUUUGGCUGGCAGACUUUUCCAAAGCAAGCGGAAAGUUACCGACACCACCACGAUUUACGGCCUGUGCACCUCUCAGGAUGUGGAUAUUUUCAUCAAACACAUGAACAAUGCCCGCUAUUUGCGUGAAUUGGAUUUUGCCCGUUUCCAUUUCUAUGCUCUAACCGGUCUCUAUGAAAAGGUCAAGGAACGACGUGGUGGCGCCGUCCAGGGAGCCUCCAGUGUACGCUACCGUCGCACCAUACCCAUUUUCCAUCCUUAUAAAAUUCAAACCAAAUUGAUUUGGUGGGAUGACAAAGCCAUCUAUUUGGAGCAACAGUUUGUUACGCUGUCCGAUGGAUUUGUUCGCGCCGUGGCCAUGUCCAAGCAAUGCAUUACCAAUUGCAAUGUCUUGGAUAUUAUGAAAACAUAUCCAGAGGCUGAUAAACGCCCCGAUAUGCCCACCGAUCUGAAAAUGUGGUUGGACGCCAUUGAGGUGUCAAGUCAAAAGCUGCGUAAGGACAAAUAAGUCUCAUAGCAGUGGCUGGUAUAUAUUUUUUAAUAGUUAAUUGUACUUUAGCUUAAGUUGGGCGGGUUCCAUUUUUUUGUAUACACAUUACUUUUGUAAAUAAAUUUUAUACAUAGAAAAAAUCAACAAAUAA